CGAUCACCCAAAUAGUUAGAUAAGCGGCCUUGUGAUUUUCAAAGUGCACACGGAACUGUACAGAUGUACGACAGGCUCAGAUUCAAGCCAGCCUGGCAAUUUCUUAUGGCUGUAGAACAAACAGAAUGAUGUGUUCAGAUGAUUGAGCUCCUGUCUCUUGUGAUGGAUGGAGAAUUACUCGUGCAUAUUUGAACAAUUUGUAAGAAGUUCUUCACGAAAAGAAAUUCCAGUGACUUCUCAUUUGUGAAGCCAUAGAAAGUGAAUUGUUCCUUAAUGUUUUGCCGAAUAAAACUUAACGCAAACAGUAACGACCAAAUGGACUGAUUAAUUUAAACAUGCAGUCAACAGUGAUUUCAGGGUCUUGUAAUUUUAAUGCCAACAGUCACUUAGCAUGUUUUAUAACAUCUUGGUAUAUUGCCAUCUGGAUUGUUUACAUGCUUAUGUGAACCAUCAUUCAAGUGUAGCACUUGUAGAAGAUGCACAUUAUUGUACUGGUGUCUCGUUUGACUGCUUCCAUUAAAAUGGGGGGCUGUGCAGUAAUUAGGGCCCUAGUUAAUGAAGUUGCGCCUAUAGAAGUUCUUCAGAACUUUAGAAAUCAGGUGUUUUAAAACUGGUCUUAACAUACAGCCUCACGUUCUAUCCCUCAGAGGACAGCGAGGACUUGUAAAAACAAUGUACAAACAUGUACAUUUUUUAAGUAAACUGCGGUGGAGAUGUGUUGUUUUAAACACUAGUGAGCGGGGAUGGGCAGAGCUCAAUGGUUGAUGGAGACAGUGCUCCGGGAACCGAGUGAAGCCGCAAGACUUAGGGUGGAGGAAAGGAGCGCAAUCCAAAAAUUCAGAGGCGGACGGUCUGUGCAGCACGGUAAUAAUUGAGCCGAAAUUAAUCCGAGGAACAGGUGGCAGAGAAGGCGUGGAGGAAAAGCGUGUGAGGAAGCGUUCCAUAAGCACAGUGAGAGCGUGAGGGGGACUGGGGGACAGGCCGUGUGUCGCAGAGAUAAGCACCCAUACUGGCUGAUUCCAGAGGAUUGGGGUCAGAGAGACACCGCCUUCUUCAAGCCGUGUAAACAUGCCCUCGACAACAUGUUAAUUAGAAACGUUAGGAAAUUAGACUAGAAAUCAUAUUUGUUUAAAGCUAGACCAGCAAAUACAUUUUUUUUUCUGACUGAAGCAAUUAAGUAACAAUUUACGCGGUAAAAUGUAAGUCUUGGAGCAGCAAGUGCAAUAAUGUUCUAUGAUAUUUGAUGGUGGAGCUGAGAUUCGUGGCAAACCAGGAGCAGAUCUGGUUUUAAACAUAUAUUGCUUACCUAUACCGCGCUAUUCGUCCAAAACCUGAAUGACGAUAGCUGGUUAAUUUGGAUUACAGUUUAUCAGUGAAAUUAACUUAAAGGAGAGGUUUCAUAGCAGUAUAUAGCAAUACAUCAAGGUACAUUAAUUAAUCUUUCCAUUGGAAAUAAAAUAUGAAUCUUUAAAUUUAGAUAGGAACCUAAUUUUCCUAAAAGCCUCGGGGAUAUGAUUUUUUCCCGCAGUUUAAUGAAAUCAGUUAUGCUGCUGGCUGAAGGAGAGGUCUCAUCGAAAGGGACGGAGCACUGGGCAUAAGCCGCCUUCAUAGGGCUGCUCUUCGCCUUUCCACUUACGAUGCGUUUAUGUGACGCUGAAAACGUCCUUCUACAACUAAAGGUCUUUGAAUUAUGUUCUAUUUUUACCUCAUUUGCAUUCACGAAUAAGUGUCAUAUGUUACAACUGGUGAUGUGGAUUUACAUAAACUCUUUGAAGCGUUACCUUGCUGAAAACAUAACAUAAAAAGAAUACAUUAAUAUUGUCGAGAAUUUUCCCCGACGUUCAAGGUGUAUCUUUAAAAAAUUAGUAGUUAAUAUCAUUCCACUUCGCCUUAAAGACGCAGAAGAUAUGUGGAAAUGAAUUUUUUAAGGGUCAUUAUUUUAACAAUAAGGGGGAGAUUUGUAUUAUAGCAAGUCUAAUAAUUACUAAAUUUAACAGCAGUUGCUUAAGGAGUGCUUAAGUAACGCCCGCUUGCAAUAGUCACCCCGGAAGAUUGCCUUACUCGCGCGUUCCUGCUCCACACCCCCACCCAAAUACUCUCUGCCUCCAUACAAUGAACAAUUUUUCGUGUUACACUUUUAUGAUCCUUAUAGGGAAUUUCGAUUUACUUGAGGUGUUUAGGCUGUAAUAAAGUAGCUGUAGUAAUAUAUGCAAAUUAACUUAAUUUUAGGCACUUGUGAUUAAGCAGCAAUGGGAAACCAUGUCCUGUUUACUGGAAUAUACGUUAUAUAUCUUGACACGGCGAGCUUGUAUUAUUUUAUUAUUUAUAACCACCUUUGUCACUGAAAGCGCUGGAAAUAUUUUAAAGGAACAACUUGCAUCAUCAUUCUACGCUGUGGCAUCAAUGCAAAGAUAGUGUGAUGAGGUUAUAAACGCAAUUACAUUAUGCAUUUAUGGGUUCCUUUGCCUUGUUCCUAAUGUUGUCCGCAUAUUGCGAUAGGCGCACCUGCUCCGGUGCAGUUAGCCGACUCAUUCUUCAGUUAGCUGGGUACCACGUCUCCUACAGAGUAUUUAGGGAGGUGACUACUUUAGUCCUGCUGCAGAUUCAUGUUAAUCGCCGCUGUGGUAUCGUAGCAACGACGCUGUAGAUCCACUGUAGCAUCAGCAUCAUCGUCGCCAGUGGCUGGCAGCGCAAAAACUCACCAUUACUAACUCAGCAGAGCUCUCCGACGGAUGUUCCUGGGAGGACUGCGCGGGUAUGCGGCGGGAUUUCAAUGGGGGCUACAGCGCCAUGCUUGGAGAAGGCGUCCAUCCCUUAUCUAAUGGAGUUACGUGGAGUAUCUGACCUUUCCUUCAGAUGCAUAAGGCACACACACCCGGAGAAACUUUGUCUUGGCGAUAACAACUAAGGGAUGGCUUUCUGUCCCUUCACUGGCUUCUUUGGAUGACUGACAGCUUCGCCAUCCAAUCUGGAUCAUGAUAGCCACAGGGGGUCUCUUGCGGAUCUCGGCCAGGCGUCAGGACUCGCUGCGGUCCAAGAACCAAUUGGAGAAGAAGCGCAAGAAGAAGGCCAAGAAAAAGAGGAAGAACGAUGUGGUUGUUGUCAGGGGCAAGCUGAAGUUGUGUUCCAUCUCGGGUUUGGUUGCUGCCCUGGGAAUACUGGUCCUGCUGGUGGGGGUUGCAAUGGCGGUUCUAGGCUAUUGGCCAAAGGACUACCCGAUUUACCAGACCCAGCCGACUCCCAAAGUCUCAAUGAAAAGUGAGAAGGUCUAUGACAAAACACUGUCCAAUUGGACUGGCAGUAAUUCAGUCUUAAAUCAAAUGUACAAUGAAUUCCCCAGCAGCAAUUUAUCCAACAGUACUGUUGCACCCCCUGCUGUUGGCUUCUUCAGGGAGUUCAUAGCCACGUACUUGCAUUCAGACAAGCUGAAGGUUUUUGGGCCCCUAAUCAUGGGAAUUGGGAUAUUCAUCUUUAUAUGUGCCAACGCAGUGCUGCACGAGAACAGGGACAAGAAAACCAAAAUCAUCAACCUCCGGGAUAUCUAUUCCACCGUCAUUGACAUGCACACCCUUCGAGCCAAGGAGUGCACGCCGCAUAAUGGCUUUGUGAGUCACGCACAGCCGCAGGCCGCCGAGGGCCAGCCGCGGCGCAACUGCAGCGCCGCCCUGCUGGCCAGGAGCUCCUGGCCCUCGACAUUCUCCAACAGGCAGCAGGAGCUCUGGUUUGAGAACCUAUCGAAGGGUAGCUUGGCUCAGGACAGGGAAACGUUCAUUGAUGCAGUCUAUAGUAUAUAUAAGGAACAGAACAGGACGGCAGAAGUGAUGCUGCUACCCAGGCAGGGAGAGGCUGAUUGCACAGCCACCUCCUCCAUGAAUGCAUCCACUCUGCCAGCGAUAAAACUGAACCCUGGUGUUGAGGAAAGCCAGCCUCCAGGGCCGAUGGAUUCAGAGAAGGCCCAUAAGGACGGGGGAGAGCCUGGUCAUGAGCCAGAGACCAAUUUGGCAGGCUGUAGUGGCCCCACAUCCUCGCAGACUGACACAUACACUCCCCCGGGCCCCACAGAUGCCUAUAAGAGCUCCAGUAGCCUUCGGGGGGCGCCAGAGGGCUCACAGGCCCAACUGUUGCCCCCAUCCCCUCGACAGAGGCUGAAGAGGUCGCACUCAUCCCUCGGCACCCUUUCCGAUUACCCCAGGUCGGUCGACCUGGAGUUGUGCGCAUUACCGGCCUCCGACAGGCAGGGGGCGAGGACGCGGCGCUUUAGCUGCUCACGACUUGAGAGUUCCGGUAUCUGGGGUUACAUCAAGCUGGGGGACCUGGGAGGGGAUUCCUUUGAGUCCUCAGAGGCAGUGUCAUCCAGCCGGGCCGUCUCAGUGGAGGCGUUGUUAGCGGGACAAAGGCACCCGGUGACUGGUGGCCACAGAGGUGGCAGCAGUGAGCCACAUAUGGGACGGGUGACCACACAAUACUUGAAUACAGAAACUCUUUUGCCAGGAUCCAAAACCAGGGCCACUCUGGAUGAAGGGGAACCUGGAAGCUCGGACAUUUGAAUGAAUAUAUCUCUUUAUGAAAGAUCAUUUGCACAAUUUUAUAAAGUUUGAAAGGUCUGUGAAACUUGUUGCAAAGGGCACUACAGAAGUAGUGGAUGGCAGUUCACACUUUUACUGCCCAGCUCCCCGUUAGGGACACUUUGCUAUUGUAAUGCAAUCAAGCAUAAAAAAAGAUUCUUUUAAAUUUGGUUUGACAAUAUGCUAAUGGGUUUGAAAUUAUAGAUGCUUAUUUUAGGAGUUGGUAGCCCUGUUCUGACCCAUGGAAGAUGCCAUAACCCAAAGCACGUCCAAAUGUAGUAAUUUCGUAUGUUUGCCUCUGUUUUGUACUUACGUUCGUGGCAAGGAAGCAGUGGAGUACUGUCAUCCGACUUACCAUCAUGGUGUGUACAAAAAAUGAACGUAAACCAUACUCUUCUCUGUUAAUACCCAUAGUUAAUCCUCUGAAUUCACUCAAAUUGGAGCUGCUGUCCAGCCAAAGUCAAUUAUAUUUCAUUUCUUGAAUAGCUUUGUAAAGUAUUUAUUUUGGCAAGAUUUUGUAUUGAUCAUUUUUAACAAGUUUGAAGCCCAGAUUAGCAAUAUUAUGCUCAACGGAUUAUAAUUAUUUAUGGGGGGAAAAGAAAAGUAUCGAUGUUUGCUGUUACAAACCAGUUAUUUCAAAGAGAUAUGCUGUCAUUUAAUUUUAUAUGCCUGGCAAGCUUGAGUAGGACUUUACAUCUAUACUGCUAUUUUGGCAUGAGUUCAAGCCGGAGUUUUCACAUGCUCACCGGAGUCUUGAUUUAACUUGGCCCUCGACGAGAAAUGUAAUCUGUAGCACCCAAUUUGCUUAAGUUUCAAAAUAAAUGAAAACUGAUUCUG